AUGACAUCUUCCAACGCACCAACACAACAACAACAGCCAUUACCACCAAGAGAAUCCAUAUCUUCAAGCUCUUCACUCCCAACCCUACCAGAAGAGGGAUCUUUAGACAAACUAAACUUCACUCCACAACCACCAGCAGAUUAUCAACCACCACUUCAUGAACCAACAAGAAGAGGUCGGAAACCAAGUUUAGCUUAUGAUGCUACAAAGCAAUUUGUGUGCACUUAUUGUUCAAGAAGAUUUAGAAGACAAGAACACUUGAAAAGACAUUUCAGAAGUUUACACACUAAUGAAAAGCCUUUCAAUUGUGAAUUAUGUGGGAAGAAAUUCUCAAGAAGUGAUAAUUUGGCUCAACAUAUAAAGACCCAUGGGAAUGAUGAAAAUUGA